CCCGCCUGGCUCCCUGCAAAGCGGCCUUAUUUAUCUGGGCACAGCCUCAGCCUCCCCGGUGGGAGGCUUGAGGCGGCCGAUCCUCUCCCACCGGGGAGCUCCUCUCGAGUGCGGCCGAGGUGGCCAGCCAGGCCAGGGCACCGGGCUCGGAGUGCGGCCGGGCCCUGCUGGCCAGGCCAGCACCUCCGCCGCCUUCCCACUUCGCCGGCGCUUAUGCCGGGCUCCCCAUGACAGGAGGAAGCCCGGCGAACAGCGGGGCAUGAACCAGGAGCCUGGGCCGAGGUAAGAGUGACGGAGGAAGAUGUCCAGCCCCGGAGUCGACGGCGACCCCAAGCCCCCAUGCUUGCCUCGAAAUGGCCUGGUGAAGUUGCCAGGCCAGCCCAACGGCCUGGGUGCAGCCAGUAUCACCAAGGGCACACCUGCAGCCAGGAAUCGCCCCUGCCAACCACUGCCCCCACCCACUCUCCCACCACCCAGCCUGGCUGCCCCGCUGCCUCGGGCUGCCCUGGCUGGGGGCCUAUGCCCCCCAGCAGGGAUUCCCCUUGGUGGACCAGCCUCAGCCCCGGCACCUGGGCCCCCAGUGGAGCGGCCACCACUGGCCACAGAUGAAAAGAUCCUCAAUGGCCUCUUCUGGUACUUCUCGGCCUGUGAGAAGUGUGUGCUGGCCCAGGUGUGCAAGGCCUGGCGACGUGUGCUCUACCAGCCAAAGUUCUGGGCAGGCCUCACACCCGUGCUGCAUGCCAAGGAGCUCUACAAUGUGCUGCCUGGUGGUGAGAAGGAGUUCGUGAACCUGCAGGGCUUUGCUGCGCGUGGCUUUGAAGGCUUCUGCCUAGUAGGAGUCUCAGACCUGGAUAUCUGUGAGUUCAUCGACAACUAUGCCCUGUCCAAGAAGGGUGUCAAGGCCAUGAGCCUCAAGCGCUCCACCAUCACUGAUGCUGGCCUGGAGGUGAUGCUGGAGCAGAUGCAGGGUGUGGUGCGCCUUGAGCUGUCAGGCUGCAACGACUUCACUGAGGCGGGGCUGUGGUCCAGCCUGAGUGCGCGCAUCACCUCACUGAGUGUGAGUGACUGCAUCAACGUGGCGGAUGACGCCAUCGCAGCCAUUUCACAGCUGCUGCCCAACCUGGCUGAGCUGAGCUUGCAGGCCUACCAUGUGACGGACACUGCACUGGCCUACUUCACAGCGCGCCAGGGCCACAGCACCCACACCCUGCGCCUGCUCUCCUGCUGGGAGAUCACUAACCAUGGUGUGGUCAAUGUGGUGCACAGCCUGCCCAACCUCACUGCACUCAGCCUCUCCGGCUGCUCUAAGGUCACUGAUGAUGGUGUAGAGCUUGUGGCUGAGAACCUGCGCAAGCUGCGCAGCCUUGACCUCUCAUGGUGCCCACGCAUCACUGACAUGGCGCUUGAGUACGUGGCCUGCGACCUGCACCGCCUGGAGGAGUUGGUGCUGGACAGGUGUGUACGCAUCACGGACACUGGCCUCAGCUAUUUAUCCACCAUGUCGUCCCUCCGCAGCCUCUACCUGCGAUGGUGCUGCCAGGUGCAGGACUUCGGGCUGAAGCACCUUCUGGCCAUGAGGAGUUUGCGUCUCCUGUCUCUGGCAGGAUGCCCACUGCUGACCACCACCGGGUUGUCGGGCCUGGUGCAGCUGCAGGAGCUGGAGGAACUGGAGCUGACUAACUGCCCCGGGGCCACCCCCGAACUCUUCAAGUACUUCUCGCAGCACCUGCCCCGCUGCCUCGUAAUCGAGUAGCGCGGGGUCUCCUCGUCCCCCGUCGCAGGAACCCUCCAGGCUCUGGGCGGGGACGCGAGGGCGCCAUUCAGCCCCCUCUCCCCGCACCUCCUUGUCCCGCGCGGGAGGUAGAGUGAACCGAGGGAAAGCCCUAACCCACGCCCUCUCCGCUCCUCUCCUGGCCCCGCCCAGGCAGGGAGUCGGGGGCGACGGGCGGUGCCCGCCCCACGCACGCACGCACACUCGGGGAUUUGUGCAUGCCCCUCGUGCCCGCCCUGCACGCCCGCCCUCCGCCUCGCCGCAAGCCACCUCCCAUCAUUCGCACGCCCGCUGGGGGUGGGGGGCCCGGGCCUGGUCCUGCGGGGGCACUCUAAGCUCCUCAGGACGGCCGUCCUUACAGCCUUCCCCGCCACACCCCACUCUGUCUCCCGGCUGUCCCCCGUCUCGGGCAGGGCCCAGGGGGAUUGAGGGGGGCUAGGUCUCCCAGGACACAGGGGUCCGGAAGAGCCCCAUGUGCUGCCUGCAUCUUCCACCGCACUGCCCCUGGAGCCCUCCCAGGCACAGGAGAGGAAAUAGGCCGCCGCCAAAGCCAUGGCCCACCAAGGAGCCCAAGUCCCACCCGCCCU